UGGGGAAAAAAAAAAAAAAAAAAAAAAAAAAAAAGAGGGAAAACACAAGAAAUGGCAGGUGCUUCUGAGCUAUCUAGGAAUAAUCAAAUUAUUCGCAACGAUCGUCGUUUGAUGUUAUCUGAUGACACCGGACUCAGGAAGCAAAUCCAGGCUACUCAUGCUCACGAUAGCCGUUCAGUCGAUGUUGAUGCCAUUCUUGUCAUCAUCAGGGACAUCCUCAAUCUUGUUUCCCCUGGCAUGGAUGGCAUUCUCAAUGGAUCACAUAAGCAUGCAGAUGUUGCAGAGGAAACUGCAGCCCUGUCAGGCUUUGAUGGUAUUCAGGACGCAUUGGCCUUUUUACUAAACAAGAUUUCCUGUGAGUUGACAUGCAGGUGCUCAGGGGGAGACGCCCAUGCAUCAGCAAUGGCAAUACUCGAGUUUCUGUCAAGCUACUCGUGGGAUGCGAAGGCUGUGCUAGCAUUGGCAUCGUUUUCAGUUAACUACGGCCAAUUCUGGCUCAUUGCUGAAAAUUUCACAGCUGAUCCACUUGCAAAGUCACUGGCUGUCCUCAGGCAACUGCCAGACAUACUCGAGCUUUCUGAUGUGAUGAAAACUCGUAUGGACACGAUAAACAGCCUUGUGAAAGUGUCGUUGGAGCUGACAAGGUGCAUUGCUGAGAUUGGAAGGCUUCCGUCUAAGUACAUAUCGCAUGACGCAGAGCCGAUGGCCGUUGCGAUGUCUCAUAUCCCAAUUGCUGUGUAUUGGACGAUAAGAAGUUUGGUCGUGUGCGCGUCUCAGGUCACUGAUAUUCUUGGAAUGAGUCAGCAGGUGAUUUCAUUGACUGCUGAGACUUGGGAGAUAUCUAGUUUAGGACACAAGGUGGCCAGCAUACAGGACCAUCUCAAGACACAACUUGGCCUCUGCUAUCAACACAUAGACGAGAAGAAACACAACGAAUACUAUCAAAUGCUCGUGCAUCUGUUUGAAACAGCACCUCAUUUGGAAAACCAGAGAAUACUCAAGCACUUGAUCUACUCGAAGGAUGACCAACAUCCACUUGAAGUUGGCAACAACAAGAAGAUAAAGGUUGGGGCUGAAGCUCUUAUAGGAAAGACGGUCUUGCUACUCAUAUCAGAUCUCGAUAUCUCCCUUGACGAGCUUCGUAUACUAAGCCAUAUUUAUCAAGAAUCGAGAAGUAGGCAAGAGUUUCAGUACGAAAUCGUGUGGCUCCCAAUCAUGGAAAAGACAACCACAUGGAACGAAGAGCACGAGCACACGUUUGAGCGUCUGCAGUCAAUGAUGCCAUGGUACACGCUGCAGCACCCGCGCUUGUUGGAACGAGCAGUUUCAAGGUACAUCAAGGAGGUGUGGCACUAUUCUAAGAAGCCAAUUCUUGUGUCAUUGGAUCCACAAGGCAGAUUGGCCAACCCAAAUGCAAUCCACAUGGUGCGGAUAUGGGGUAACGUGGCAUACCCUUUCAGCAGCACAAAAGAGUUAGCCAAGUGGGGAGAAGAGAAAUGGAGACUUGAGCUGGUGGUUAAUGGCAUCGAUAAAUCAAUUAUGACUUGGAUAAGUGAAGAUAAGGUCAUCUGUUUAUACGGAGGCGAAAACGAGGAAUGGCUCCAGGAGUUCAUAAUGACGGCAAGAAACGUCGCUGCUGCAGCACGAAUCAGCCUAGAAAUGGUCUAUGUAGGCAAGAAAACGAGCAAGGAACGUGUGAAACGGCUCAAUGAAAUGGUGACCACAGACCGUCUCAGCCACUGUUGGAAUGAUCCUACAUCCAUAUGGUACUUCUGGACGCGGAUGGAAAGCAUGAUGUACUCAAAGAUUCACCACGGCUCGACUCUUGCAACCGCACAACGGCCCGGUGAUCACAUCCUCGCUGAGGUGCUUACUAUGCUCACAUAUGCUGAUAGUCAUCAAGGAUGGGCUCUGUUCAGCAAAGGGUCAGGAUCAAGAGCCGGUGAGAUGGCCAGGGCUAAAGGAGAUGCGAUGUUGCAUGCAUUAGCCGAUUUUGGGAGCUGGACCGACGAUGCAAGGGAAAAGGGCUUCGUUCCAGCACUGAACGUCUACUUGGAGGGCCAUCACACGAAGGAUCACUGUAAUCAGCUUAUACUUCCAGGGAUCGAUGAUGUACCGGAGAUGGUUGUCUGUUCAGAGUGUCAUCGCCCGAUGGAGAAGUAUUUUAUGUACCGUUGUUGCGAUGAUUGAGUGUUGUUGAUCUCAACCAUGUUUCAAGAAUGGUGCUUAGUGGUGAAGUGGUGAAACUAAUUUUUUUUGUUUAAUUUCAGUUUGCGAUAUGUACCUCUAGGUCUCUUUGGGAAGAUCUAGGAUGCCAAGAUGCUACCAUUUGAAUGUUUUAAGAAUAAAGAUUGAUUGUAUCACUGCACUUCAUUGUUGGUCUUGUUUUUUCUGUCCUUCAAGAGAUACAGAAUCAUGGAAUUACCAAUGUGUA